AUGCUCUUUUCUCACUUUCUUCAUUUCUCUAGAUCUGUGGAAUCAAAGGUAACUGCUGAAGGAUUUUGCUUGAACAUGGCUAAAAUGGAGAAGGUCUAUGCAGAGCUGGAUGAAGUAAGAGCCGCGAAUGAAAAUCUCAGGAUGGAGUUUCGAUGCAAAACGGAGCUUCUUGACAACCUAAAGAAGGUCCACAACGAGCUACUAGUAGAAAUUGGAGAGGCGAGAUCCGUAAUUGAGAAGCGGGGUUUUGAAUCGGAGGAGAAAACAAGAGAAAUCUCUGAGCUGAAGCGAACAAACGAGGAUCUGCAGCGUUGUUUGAGAGAGAAGGACUCUUCUCUCAGGUGUUUGAGUGAAGCCAAUGAUAAGCUUAGAGCUAACGGGGAAGACAAGUACAGGGAAUUUGAAGAGGAGAGAAGAAAGUUGGUGUCAGCUUUGGAUGAAGCGAGUGAGAAGAACAUUGACAUUGAGCAGAAGAACAAUGUCUACAGGGCUGAGAUUGAGGGUCUCAAAGGGCUUUUAGCAUCAGCAGAGAAGAAAAAGAUGGAAGCUGAGAAAACCGCCAAGUCUUUGAAAGAAAUGAGAGGAAGAGAUGACACGGUGAUUAAACUGCAGGAGGAAAAGACUCAAGUAGAAGAGAAGCUGAAAUGGAAGAAGGAGCAGUUUAAGCAUCUCGAGGAAGCAUAUGAGAAGCUCAAAGACACGUUCGAAGCUAACACGAAAGAGAGUGAGGAAGAAAGAUCAACGCUUCUAGAUGAAAUCUACUCUCUUCAGACUAAGCUAGAUUCACAGACCAGAAUCUCAGAGGAUCUUGAAAAGAAGCUGCAGAUGUGUAACAGUGUGCUGACACAAGAAGAGACCCGACGAAAGCAUCUUGAAAUCCAAGUUUCUGAGUUCAAAGCUAGAUACGAAGAUGCAUUCGCAGAGUACCAAGAUGCAAGAACACAGCUUGACGAUUUGGCUGGCAAAAGAGAUGAGGAAGUUGCAGAGCUGAGACACUCCUUGAGCACGAAAGAGGCUUAUUAUAAGGAGAUGAAGUAUGAGAAUGGGAAACUCCAACAGGAGAACCGGGAGUUGCUGGUUUCACUGAAAGAGCUCCAAGAAGCUACAAUUCAGGGAUCAGGAAACUCUGCAAUAUCAAAGCUGAAAAACAAGUUUAGGAACUUGGAAAACAUGCACAGGAACUGUUCAGCUAAUCUGAAGAGUAAAGAAGCUGAGUGGAGCUGUCAACUGGAGAAGCUGGCUGAAGAGAUUAAUGAUUACAAGUUGCAGUUGCAAAGCAAGGACGCAGCACUGAAAGAGGUCGAGUUGGAACUUGAAAACUGUCAUUCUUAUACAGCUAAAAUGAGACUAGAGUACGAAGAGAUCUCGGUUAUGUUUAUAGUGGUAAGUAGAACAGUCGCUGAGGCUCAGUCAAGGCUUGCAAAUGUCAAAGAUGAACAAAUCAAGGAUGAGCAGAGAGAAGAGAAAAACUAUUCUGUAUUGAUUGAGCAGCUAGAACAAAAGAAUGAUGCGCUGGCCAAGGCACAUAUAGAGAUUGAAGCAGAACGUGAAAGGGUCGGGUGCUUGCUGAGAAGAACUGAAAUGCUGGAUCAUUUUGAAGUAGAGAAUCUCCAGAUGCAGAAGGAUGUAGAUUGGUACAAGGAAACACUUGAGGAAUCAGCUAGAUUCCAAACUCAGAUGAAAGAAAAAAUGAAAGAGGCUGAAGAUGAUUAUGAAGAGAAACUGCUGCAAGUCUGUGAUGCACUUGACAACACAAACUCGGACCUCGUUGCUGAACGUGAGAAGGUGGUGGGUUUAACAAUGCAGAUUGAGUCCUUGGGUAUUGUCAAAGAGAAGAAUCUAGUGAUGGAAAACGAAAUUCAGAAGUGUAAGGAGUUGCUGGAGGAAUCAGAGAAGUGCCGGGUGCUUUUAGAGGAGAAGAUUUCGCAGCUUGAAAGUGAUUUCAAGAAGAAUAUUAGAGAGCUCUGCAGCAAGGUGGACACUGCAUAUGCCAAGUUGGCGGAAGAGGUUGAGAAGAAUGUCUCAUUGGUAAGAAAAGCUGAGUCCAUUGAUGAAAGAGAAGAGCAUAGACAAAGGGAGCUUGAUCAUUACAAGGAGAUGCUUGAGGAGGCGACCAAAAUUCAACUUGUCUCACAAGAGAAAGUUCUAGAAUUGGAAAAAGACACGGAGAGGAAGCUUGCUGACGUUUGCGAGGCUUUAGAAACAGCGAAUUUGGAAUUGUCUGAUAAAACAUCUGAAGCGUACCAGCUUGAGUUUCAGCUAUGGGUCUGGAAAUCUAUUGCUAAAAGGCUAAAAGCCGAAGUCGAGCAAAACCUGAACCUGCGGAAAAGAGUUGAAGCUUCUCUUCUUGAACAGGUUGGAGUUGGAGAAGCCAUUAGGCAAGAGAGAAACGAGCUGGUGCAUAAACUAAAGGCAAUCAGCUCUGCAAGUUCGAAGACAGCUGAUUCAGAGAAAGAAACCCUUCUCCGGAUGAUGAGGGAUAAGGACGAGUUGUUGAAGAAUCUACAGAGAGAGGUAGAGUUGUUGGAACAAGAAUCACUUAGACGGGACCUUGCGGAUGCUGUUUUUGCGCAUAUAGCUGCAGAGAGGGAGUUGCAGAAAGAGAGAGAGAUUCUUUCACGGGGUUUCAGAGAUAAAGAAGAGGAAUUAAGUCAGGUGAAUAAUGAGUUGGAGUGUUUUAUAAGCGAAUUGGAGAAUGGAAUGUCGAAGCUGUGUGAUGAAGACACGAAGCUGAUGAAAGCUUUGGAGAAAACUCGGCAACGUUGUGAUGGAAUUGGUAAAGAGAACGAUAUUGGUUCUCCAAGGCUAACAAUGAAGCAUGAAGAAGAUGUUGCAGUUGAAGACAGGUCACCAUUUAGACAACUUAACCAUUAG